ACGUUUUCGAAUCACACACAAACUCAGUGAGGUUCGCCGUCGUCGGAGCUCAUGGAUCACCACCGUCGUUUACACACUAUCAAAAUCCUAAUCCGAAAUUCUUCCACCACGCUUCUCUUUUUCAAAAUCGUACCAAUUUUACUCCAUCGCUCCGGCGGUGAUUCGCGAGCUCUCCCGUAUACUCCCUUCUUCUGUUGUCGGAAUUUCCUUAAAUUCUUCGAAACGCACUUGGACAUGGAAAUGUUACAUCUGAACCCCAUAUAGUGCUUCUGCUCCAAUGUCAUCUUCAACUCUUCUCCUACCUUCAAGUAUGUAGUGGAUUAAAAACAUCGGUUGUUCAGCAUUUUAGACCCCCAAAGUCGUCAAAAAUGUCUCACCCUUCCAGUUCUAUCCAUGAGAUGAGCUUCUCGUAUGAGUUGUUGUUUGUGAAACUUUAUUGUCACCCAUUUGGCCUAGUGAACUUAGGGAACAUAUUUAAGCUGCACACCAAAAUCAUUUCACUGCUCUUAUUGAAACUAUGUGCAAUCUUAUCUUGAUAGUUGGAUUUUCAGGUAGAAAGAAGAGUUGGUGUUUUGCUUCUGAGUUUGAACACUUAAAACUUUUUAAAGGCUACAUUGACGAGGAUGAAGAACGGCACAAAUUUGGACACAAAGGAGUUCUGGUGGCUCGCGAGGAAGAAGUACAACUUCUUAAGAAUCUUUCACAUCCGAACAUUGUUAGAUACUUGGGUACUGUAAGAGAGAGUGAUUCGUUGAAUAUUAUGAUGCAGUUUGUUCCUGGCGGAUCAAUUUCAUCUUUGUUGGCGAAGUUUGGAUCUUUUCCUGAGCCAAAACAUCAUAAUCGUUAUCUUCUUGAUAAUGCAUUCAUAUCUCAUUAUAAGAGUGUGAAAAAUAUUCAUCAGCAGUCAUUUAAAAUCGAAAUCGAUCCGCGAAAAGAAAAGAAACAAAGUUAG